AGCUCACGGACGCCCUGUCCUCCUGUCAUGGUGGCAGCUCCGGUUUUCCAUGACUCCAUGACGGAGGAGGAAAUCAGAUCUGGCAGCCGAGUAGGGCCACUGGCCUUCUCAGGCGAUUAUGUGCAGAUGGGGGAGGUGAUUGGCACUGGCGCCCAGGGGCAGGUGUUCGCCUGCCACAUGAUGCAAGUGCCCAGCAAAGCGUUGGCAGCCAAGGUGGUGGACAGUCAGCGCUUGCUUCUGACUGCAGAGAACCCCGAAGAGGUGGCAAAAAAGCUCGAAUCCGAGGUGCGCAUCCUCAGAAAUGUGGAGCACGAACAUUGCGUCAGCCUCUUCGACAUCUACCGGACGAAGCGGUGGAUUGUGCUGGUCAUGGAAAGAUUGAAGGGUGGAGAGCUUUUCGAGCAGAUCGCCAAGAAACGAUUUCUGAAGGAGCUGGAAGCGAAACAUGUGAUGCGCCAGAUCAUCUCGGGUCUAUCCUUUCUGCACGGAAAACACAUCGCCCAUCGCGACCUGAAACCGGAGAACAUCUUGAUCUCCACUAGUAGACCAGCUGAGCCUCCCAACCAGGACUGCGUUUUGCUCGACAUCAAAAUUGCGGACUAUGGUCUGUCCAAAUACCGAGAGGAGGAGUUGAAGAGUUUAGUGGGAACUCCGCAGUAUUGGGCGCCCGAAAUGCUCAUGGGCCGUGGCAAGGACGCGUACGAUGAGCGCGUAGACCUAUGGAGUCUGGGCGUGCUGCUCUAUGUCAUGCUGUAUGGUCGAUAUCCCUUUAAAGGGGAGCGUGCCAAUGAGCAGAUCAAGGCGGGCGUCUUUGAUCUCAGCCACCCGAAGAAUGAACCUUCGGACGAAGCCAAGGAUCUCAUCAGGAAGUUGCUGAAAGUGAACGCCAACGAAAGGCUCUCGCUGAAAGAGUGUUUGGAGCAUCCCUGGCUGUCAGAGGCCGGGUUGUCCGCCGCCCGUGUGGCGGCCCCCCCCGCCACCGUCAGCGGGUCCACGGUCACCGUCAGCGGGUCCGGCAGCAGCGACGCGGCCGCGGCGGCGGCGACGCAGGCGCUGGUAGUGGCAGAGGGGCGGCGGCAGCUGCCGUUGGACCUGAAGCAGCUCUUAAAGUUACAGAUGUCCCUGGGUCGCUCUCUGCAGCUGGCCUGUUUAGCGUGUCGUCAGAGCCACCCCCGGCUGUCUGCCAUGAUUCGGCAAACCAUCACGCAGGCGUACAUGCUUUGGCAGCACGCCUUGAAGGUGGUCUCACAAUAUGGUCAGGUGGCCCAAAAAGUCAAGAACGAAGUGCUGCCAGAUCUGAACCUUGCCGUGCAGGAAGCUCAACCAGACUUGGGUGUGGAUCUGCUGGGAAUGGUGGAAGGUUGGAUCCAAGAAAUGACCGCGGAUGGCGACACCACGCGGCGACUCUGCGAUGAGUUGGCCAAACAGAUGGGGGAACUGAUCUCGCAGGCACAACAAGAACGUUUGCUCACUGAGGCGGAGUCGAUGGGAGUCGAUUUGUUGGCGGUGCGGCCGGAGCGGUCGUCGCUACGACAUGAUGCGAUCACCCAUCAAGCGGAUCAGAGGAGGCAAGCAUUGCUGGAUGGUUUGGUGGAUUUCUGCGAGCAAAUGUCCAAGGGGAACGGCACUGCAGACGCACCUCGGCUCGGCACGGUGGUCGUUGUCGUUGAUGGUGGGGGAUACGAAAACACACAGCAGGUGUUGUUUUUUCUGCCCGUGUGCCUUAUACCCAUAUGCUCCAUGUAUGGAAUAUUUACCAACAUUUACCCCAUAAAUGGCCAAAUGUAG